AUUAUAUAAUUGCGUGUUGAUACAUUACCAUAUCGGAAAAGCUAUUUUUCUGCUUAAUUAUUAUUUUGAGUUAUAUGCCAAGGUCGCUACAUAAAGAAUUAAUUAAUUAUUCUUACUUAUUCGUAAUUUAAAUUGUUAUCCGAUGCUAUAAAUCGUGCGUUAAUGUAUUAAAUAUUGAUGUUACAUUAACUUAACAAGACUCGAGGAAGGGGAAAAAAACGCUGACGAGUUUAUAAAAAUUAAAACUAUGUAAAAUGUUUACUCUGCAGGAUUUGUGUAUGGUUUAAAUUAAUGAGAUCGUGUUUAUUCUGAAACGCAUCGAAGGCACGUUUCUGAGAAGCAUACGUCAUCUGUAGCUUAUCAAUCGCUUAUGGGAAAUCCUUUCAUUUCCCCCUUUACCAUCCUUACUUAGAAAACUAUAAAUAAAUCUGAAUAAUGUUUAAAAUUAUCCCGGUAUUUAAGUGCCAUUUUUAACUAGUAAACAUCAAAAAUAAAACUUUAUUUAAAAAAAACAAAAUUGAAACAUUGUGUGCGUUUCGUGUUGGCCAAAUUUAUUUAUAGUUAGCGUAGUAAAAGUGUUUUGUGAUAGUAAAACUAGUGUGAUUAUUUUGGCUCUUUAAUAUGAGUUUAUUAUUAGUUUCCAGCAAUAUGCAUUACCCUGAUUAUACUGCGUGAUACCGGCGAAUGAUUAGCAGGGGAAAGUGAUCCUUAAUGGAAAAACCGCAACUACUUGUGAGCUAUAAGACUAUCAAAGUGGUUUCUAAUGUUAGAACCAUUUUAAGAACAUCGGACUUGCCUUUUAAGUUCGAUUGAGCGACCAUGGGAAUGGCGUCAAACAAGGUUUUGCUCUCGCAUGAUACCAUUUCAAUGCAACCUGCACGUCUCAGUGUCCAUCAUUUUCUUCCCCAUCGUCACACUCCACUGCUGUGCAGUUCAGGUUAUAACUUAGAGGCUUUUCAUUCGUUCAAUGACUUCUACCGUACUUGUUUUUAAUCUGGAAUAUAUUCGGACAGCGCUGUAUAUCUUCGACUUCGAAAGAAAUCAGCAACUAGAAAAUAAAAAUAAAAAUAUUAAAAGAAAAAAUAAACACAAUUAGAGUUUUUUUAAAAGAUAAAUCUGUGAAUUGAUUAAUAGUAGUAUCAUUGAAUGACGAUAAUUAGCUUUCAGUUACAUAAUAGAAGUGUAAUUAUUUUUUUAAACCGGAGUUCGUUAUAAUUCUAUUCACUCGUACGAUAAAAUAAACGAUGUUUUCGUGUGAUCAAAGAAUCCAAUUUCAUUUCCUGACUAUCACUGUUGAAAGUUAAAGGCACGGUUUGGAAUUCUUCCUACACUUACCCCUUUCUCCGAAUGUGAUAGACCCGUUGUCAUAGCGAUACUGCAACUCUGCAAGAAGGACAAUGACGACAUCAUUAUCAUCCAAUUCCUUUAUCAAAAUACAUCAUGUUCAUACGUCCGAAGUUUUUGUUUAUUAACGAUAUAACUAUCUCCAUCUCGCAAUUAAUUCGAUACAUUUUUAGAUAUUUUUUCGUUAAAAAACGGAGAAACACACAAGCUUACACUGAUAUUGAUUUGUUUAUGUGUGAUGGCUGUAACAGAUGACGAUGAAAAGAAUGCAGGAUUGCUCGAAGUUUUCCAUAUGACAUAUAGCAACUGAAGAAGGCAACUUAUGACAAAGGUAAUGCCAAACAAGACUGUCAGUGCAAGUCUCCAGUCUUCUCUUAAUGAGGGAUCUUUUAGCACUGUUAAAGACACUGUGGAAACCAGUUAUGAACAGCAGUCCGAACAUGACAGAUCGAGGUCUAGAGGAACAAAUUUGGAUAUUGUUCCUACUUUGAAUAAUCGAAAAAUAUCUUUGCCAACUUAUUCUUUAAAGGACAGAGGAAUAAAUGUGACUAAAGCAAUUAGUGAGCCAACCUUGGUGGACAGAAAGAAAAAGCAAUUGAUUUCAGAAAAUCCUAUGCCAGACUCUCUUCUGUGCGAGGAAACAGACAGACGAAAGAAUAAUACAAAUGAAAAUAAUGUGCUGCUCAAGAAACGAACAUACAGUUUUACUUCACAAGAUCAUAUUGAUUUUUCUGCUCGAAGUGCCUUUCCAUUGACUUCAGAUACUGAUAAUAUAGCAACAUCUUCUGGUUUAUCUGAACCGUCUUCCACAGUAGUUACUCAUCAAAUUCCAACUAUCGCUUCAAAUAAAUCAAAAACUGGAUCAGAUGUAGGUUGUCAAAAACAAAAAUUUAAGCUCAACACAUCACUGCCAUUGAGCAAAUGUCUUCCAGGUGUGGAUUUACCAAGAGAAAGUGAAAUUAAUAUUUCUAUGCCGAGUUCAGUUUAUGGUACUCAGUCUUCUAAUAUUGAAUCAGUAUUAACUGGUUUAAAUUUAAAUAAGAAAAAUAUGGACAAUGAAUUUGUUUCUGAAAUUGAACAACAGAUUGUACACCUCACAGGAGGUAGUGUUAAUUUAUUGCCUAACACCCAAGAAAAUUCACAAAUAAAAAAUUUAUCACAGUUAAUGAAUGAUGAUAAAUCAAAUGAGAAAACAGCAAAAUUAUCUGAAAAAAUUAAUGACAUCUCACAAGUAAUAAAUGAAGAUGAUUAUAUUAUUUCAAAUAAGCAAGAUGAUUUAUCAGAAAGCCCCAGAAGUUCUGUUGUUGAUUUUUCAUCUGCCUUAAGUAUUACAGUUCCUCAGAAUAAUUUAAAAUCAUCACCAUCUCAAAAAGUAUCAAAACCGCAUUCUGUUGUGCAACACAUUUCAAAAAUAAUUGCACAAAAUGCAGCUAUUGUAGAAACAACAAAUCCCAUUCGUCCGAGACAACAUGUUCGUCAUUUGAGCUUUUCGGAAAAUUUUAAUGAGAAAGAAUAUAGAAAAUCUCAUACAGCAUCCAAAAUUCGUCGAUACAGUGAAGAUUUAUCCUCUACUUUUAAUAAUUCUCCUUAUCAGAGUAAUAAAUCUAAACUUCAUAAUGCUCUUCUAGGGCAUUCCGAUUCACCAUUUUUCUUAAAAAAUUCAGAUAUUUUUACAGAUCAUAAAAAAUCUGCAAGUUAUUUGAAUGGCAUCUAUACAAUUUUAGAAAAUGAAAAAUUAAAAUUUUCUUUAUCAGAAGAAAAAGAAAGGAAUUUUUUAAAACCACUUAGCAAAACUCAUUACACAUCUCUUUCUUCAGAUAAACUUUCCAGUGAGUUUAUAUCAAAAUUAGAAAAACAAUCCAAAUCAGAAGGCAGUAUAAUUAAAGAUCUUUUAUUGAAGCCAAAACAAACAGUACAUCAUACUACAUCUGAAGAAAUACUGCUUCAUCAAACUAAUACAGAAAUAGUAACUAAACAAAAAUCAAAUGAUGCUCACUCCACAGUAUACUUAUGUAAAUAUUGUAAUAUUGGUUUCCAUAGUAAAGGUAAUUUAGAGGCUCAUCAGUUACAUUAUUGUAAACAUAGAACUCAAUUUGAAACACAGUUGGGACUUUUAAAAGAUAUGUCUUUAAUGGAAAAGAUACAUACAUGUGAUUCACCAGAAGAAGUUAUUCCAGAUAAAUUGACUUUACAGGAAACUGGAGAAAUUAAGAAUUUCAUUGUUGACAAUGACGGAUGGAUUCCUCCAUUGAAACAGAGGAAAUUAUCAGAACCAAUAUUGUCAAAAAGCCACUUAGAGACUCCAGUGAAUCGAAGAAAAACAGUAGAAUAUUCUAAAAGUGAUAAAACAUUAAGUCCUCAUUGUAUACCUUCAGUGUCUCCUGGUAAUUGGAAUUCUCAAAUGUCAGGAGGAAAAGUGCAAAUAUUUGAUGAGAUAGGAAGCAAAAAUGCUACAUUAAAAUCAAAUCUUCAUAAGAGUGCUUUGUUUACAUUACUUGAUCGUAAAAGUCGUUCAUCACAAUCAAUUAUUGAAAAUGAGCCCUGGUCAUCGGAACCAGAAAAAGUGCAGAAAUUUAAGAAAAUGUCACUUCCAACAGUUGUUGUUACAAUUUCUAAACCUGAGUUAAAUUCAGGUGGCACAGUCAUGCAAGUACACACUUCCACUGCAGUUGUUGGAUCAUCACUCUGUGUACAAACAUCGUCUCAAGCGCCACUUAUGGCAACAGGUAUGAAUGAUUUAAAUAAAUGGAAACGUCAUUUUCAUUCAGGUGAUGAUAAAAUGGAACUGUCACCUAUGUCAAAGAGUGCUACCACAGAAAAUGAAGAAGAAAAAUUAGUUUCAAUGUCUCCUCAUCACUCUAUGUCAACUAGUUUAUUAGUUGAAUCUUCAAGUUUGUCUCCAGCAUCUGAAUAUGCAGAAAUGUCUUCAGUUGGCAGCAUUAGUCCAUCAUUAUCACAACAGUCUGAUUUCAAUAAUGGUGAUAAACAAGAAAAAAUUAACAAAAAAAUUAUGCAAAUGGAAAAUGAAAGUACAUCAUGUACUCUGACAUCAAUAUCAACAAUUAAAACUGACACAAUAACUACAACAUCCCUACCUCUCUUGUGUGUGUCAGAUAGUACUGAUGCAGUUAGCGAGGGAACAGGUAUUAAAGAAACAAAUGUAACUGCUGAUAAUGUUAAUGCAAACAGGUCUUCACCUAGUAAAAGUGAUUCGUUAUCAGAUGAUGUUAAGAAAAAAUGUGCAAAUCCGAGUAGACCAACAUUUUUACCCUUAAAAAAGGGUAUCACAUUAGUUGGUUCAACUUUAAUUAGUCCGGAAACACCUCGGCCAAAAAAGACAAGUAUUCAACUUUAUCUUGGUGGACAUGCAUAUACAAGUUUAGGUUUGAAGUGUUCCACAAGAUCAACUUUUUGUUGUAUAUAUCGUUCUCAACCAAUGUAUGUACCACAGGAUACUGAUCCAAAAUUGUCUAUGUACUCUAAUUGGCAAGUAUUGCCAGCUAAAGAGGAGUUGUUUGGAAUGACACCUAGCCAGUUGAUAGGUUUAUAUAACUCUCGUCAGAGUAAAGAAAAUGGCAGGAUGACUAUUUCAGUUGCUAAAAUGGGAAACACAUUUGUAUGUACUCAUUCGAGUUAUUGGACAUUUCGUAUGCAAGACUUAGCAAAGGAAGAAUUUCAAAAAUCUCCAAAAAUAAAAGAAAAGGUCUGUGAUAAGGAUGUUGUUAUGGAAGAUGCAUCAUUAUCAGAAAACUCUGUAUCAAUCGAAAUAUCAGUAACCUAUUCAUCAAAUGUCGAGAUUGGCUUGUAUUUUCCCAGAGAGCAAAUCCAAUUAGAUGAUAGUAGUAAUCCCUCAAUGAAGGAGCAUAACCAUUCUGAAGAAAACAUAGAGGAAAAUACCUCUCAUUCUAAUAUUCAUUCACCGGAUGAAAUGAUUCAAUCUCAUCCAUCAAAGAGAGUUCGUCAUUCUGAAGGAAAUUCAAAUUCUACUGAUGAUGGAACUUAUGUUAGAGGUAGAGGUUGGGGAAAAUAUAUAUGUGAAGAAUGUGGAAUUCGUUGCAAGAAGCCAAGUGUUUUAAAGAAACACAUUCGAACUCACACAAAUCUCAGACCAUAUAAAUGUUACCAUUGUGCUUUUGCAUUCAAGACAAAAGGGAAUCUAACCAAACACAUGAAAUCUAAAGCCCAUUUCAAAAAAUGCAUAGAACUUGGAAUUGUUCCUGUGCCAACAACAGUUUGUGACUCCCAAAUUGAUGAAGAGGCACUAGAUAAACAGGAAAAGUUAGAUAAGGAUAUUUGCCCAUCUCUUAAUUCACAAGAAUUUGAAGAUGGUGAAGAUAUUGAUGAUGAUUGUGAUGAUACUGAACAUAGUGAAAAUGAUGAUGAUGAUGAUGAUAAUUCUGAAGUCCUUGUUCGUAAUGAAAGCAAUAUCAGGAGACCCAAGAAUCAAAGACACAGAAUUAGAAAAGAAAACUAAAUGCCGAGAUCUGGAAAUUAAAAUUCAAAAACUAUGGAAUAAACCAGUUAAAACAAUACCAAUAAUAAUAAGAGAUUUGGGUGCAAUCCCAAAAGAUCUGAGACAACAUCUAGCAGCCCUUGGCAUUGAUAAAAUCAACAUCAGCCAAUUACAAAAGGCAACUUUGCUGAGAAUUGCCUACAUUUUACGUCGAUAUCUCAAAUAUCCUACGCUCUUGGAAAGAACUCGGUAUGAUGAGCAGAUGCCAAAUCCAGCUAAAGACCAUGCAGCUGCGCAUAUCAAAAAUAACAAUUGGAUAUUAAUAUUCUUUCUAAUAUUUAGGGAAAUAAUAGUAUCGGUAGUUGAAAAAAUCGUACAAAUAGCAAGCUUUUAUCAUAAAUAUAAUAUUUAAAAUAUUUUCC